GGUUAAAGAAAUGGAAAAAACUUGGUUGAGAAGCAGAAGAAGAAAAGGUUGAAUUUAUGAAAAAUUCAAUCGUUGGAAAACUCGUCUUCUUCGACUUCGUUCAACUUAAUUCAUAAUUUAUAAUUUAACUAAAAAAACAAAUAUACAUAAAAGAAGAAGAAGACGAGAAGUAGAAUUGCUCCGGCGACGACGUAGGUCCGGCGAAAUCAAAGCAAUAUUCUGUUCGGAGACGGCGUAGUUCCGGUGAGAUCAAUUGAAUUGUAGAAGAAGAAGACCAUUCAGUUCUGGAGAAGAAUAUUUGGUCCGCGUGAUCAGAGGAAUUAUGGCGGGGGGAUGGAGAGGAUCUGGAUCGGCGGAUGGAACGACGGCGAUGAGGAACCGAAUCGCAUCUUCUAAGAAUAUUCGUUUGGGUAAAGUACAGCCACAAGCGCCUGGUCAUCGAACCGUGUUUUGUAAUGAUCGUGAUGCCAAUGCUCUCGCCAAAUUCAAGGGAAAUUCUGUGUCGACUACAAAGUAUGACAUCAUAACAUUCUUGCCAAAGGGGUUAUUUGAACAGUUCAGGCGGGUGGCUAAUCUGUAUUUCCUUAUGAUCUCAAUUUUGUCGUGCACUCCGGUCAGUCCUGUAAGUCCAAUAACGAAUGUGCUUCCUUUGAGCUUGGUGCUUCUUGUCUCUCUUGUUAAGGAGGCUUGGGAGGAUUGGAAGCGUUUUCAGAAUGACUUGUCAAUUAACAAUUCUUCUAUAGACGUGUUGCAAGAUCAAAAUUGGGUUUCUGUACCUUGGAAGAAGCUGCAGGUUGGAGACAUUGUGAGAUUGGCUAUUCUUGUGCAGGUUAAGCAGGAUCAGUUCUUUCCAGCAGAUCUUCUUGUUCUUGCCAGCACAAACCCUGAUGGUGUCUGCUACACUGAGACCGCAAAUUUGGAUGGCGAAACUAAUUUAAAGAUCAGAAAAGCACUAGAGAAAACCUGGGAUUAUGUGACUCCCGAUAAAGUUUCUGAAUUUAAAGGAGAAGUACAGUGUGAGCAACCUAAUAACUCAUUAUACACUUUCGCUGGCAAUCUGAUAAUUCAAAAACAAACCUUGCCACUCGGUCCAAAUCAACUUCUAUUAAGGGGCUGCAGUCUGAGAAACACAGAGUACAUUGUUGGAGCUGUCAUUUUUUCAGGGCAUGAAACAAAGGUUAUGAUGAACGCUAUGAAGAUUCCUUCCAAGAGAAGCUCCUUGGAGAAGAAACUUGAUAAACUUAUUCUGACUCUUUUUAGUGUUCUCUUCAGCAUGUGUCUAUUGGGAGCUAUAGGCAGUGGUAUCUUCAUAAAUAAGAAAUAUUAUUAUUUACGGUUUGAAAGCAGUGCAGAUGCACAAUCCAAUCCUGACAAUAGAUUUGUGGUUGCUGCUUUGACCAUGUUCACCUUAAUCACUCUGUAUUCACCGAUUAUUCCCAUCUCUCUCUAUGUUUCUGUUGAGAUGAUUAAGUUUAUUCAGUCCACAAAAUUUAUCAACAAUGAUUUACACAUGUACCAUGCUGAGAGUAACACCCCUGCACAAGCAAGGACAUCUAAUUUGAACGAGGAACUUGGGCAGGUGGAAUACAUAUUUUCUGACAAAACUGGAACUCUAACGAGGAACUUAAUGGAGUUUUUCAAGUGUUCAAUUGGAGGAGAGAUAUAUGGCAGUGGUAUUACUGAAAUUGAGAUGGGAACUGCACAAAGAAGUGGAAUGAGAGUUGAGGUCCAAAAAUCAUCAAACGAGGCACGUGAAAAAGGUUUCAAUUUUGAUGAUGCUCGGCUGAUGCGAGGUGCCUGGAGGAAUGAAUCUAAUCCUGAUGCAUGCAAGGAAUUCUUCAGAUGCCUUGCAAUAUGCCAUACCGUGCUGCCUGAAGGUGAAGAGACCCCAGAAAAAAUACGAUAUCAGGCAGCUUCUCCUGAUGAAGCCGCUCUGGUUGCAGCAGCAAAGAACUUUGGCUUCUUCUUUUACAAGCGUACUCCAACAUUGAUUUAUGUGCGUGAAUCACACGUUGAGAAGAUGGGAAAGGUUCAAGAUAUACCCUAUGAGAUUUUGAAUGUCCUUGAAUUCAACAGUACGAGAAAGCGUCAGUCUGUUGUAUGUCGCUAUCCUGAUGGCAGAUUGGUACUCUAUUGCAAGGGUGCAGAUAAUGUUAUUUAUGAGAGGUUGCAUGAUGGAGACAAUGAUUUGAAGAAAAGAACGAGGGAGCACUUGGAGCAAUUUGGUGCUGCUGGACUUCGUACACUUUGCUUGGCUUACAGAGAUCUAACCCCAUAUGUGUAUGAAAGUUGGAACGAAAAAUUCAUUCAAGCAAAAUCUUCUCUUCGAGAACGAGAGAAGAAAUUGGAUGAGGUGGCAGAACUGAUAGAAAAGGAUCUUGUUUUGAUUGGAUGCACUGCUAUAGAAGACAAGCUUCAAGAAGGUGUACCUGCCUGCAUAGAGACUCUUUCAAGGGCUGGAAUUAAGAUUUGGGUGCUAACUGGGGAUAAACUGGAAACAGCAAUAAACAUUGCUUAUGCAUGCAAUUUGAUCAAUAACAGCAUGAAACAAUUUGUUAUUAGCUCAGAAACUGAUGAAAUCAGAGAAGUGGAAGAUAGAGGUGACCAAGUGGAGCUUGCUCGUUUUAUGAAAGACACAGUCAAGAAUGAGCUCCGGAAAUGUUAUGACGAAGCACAAGAGUUUCUCCAUUCGGCAUCUGGACCAAAGUUAGCACUAGUAAUUGAUGGGAAGUGCUUAAUGUAUGCCUUAGACCCCAGUCUUCGUGUAAUGUUGUUGAAUUUGAGCUUGAAUUGCAGUGCAGUGGUUUGCUGUCGUGUUUCUCCUUUACAGAAAGCUCAGGUAACCAGCUUGGUUAGGAAGGGGGCACAGAGAAUUACUCUUAGUAUUGGUGAUGGUGCUAAUGAUGUGAGUAUGAUUCAAGCUGCUCAUGUUGGUGUUGGAAUAAGUGGACAGGAGGGAAUGCAAGCAGUCAUGUCUAGUGAUUUUGCAAUAGCUCAGUUCCGCUUUCUCACCGAUUUAUUGCUUGUCCAUGGGCGCUGGUCAUAUCUUAGAAUAUGCAAGGUGGUGACAUAUUUCUUUUACAAGAAUCUGAUGUUUACACUGACUCAGUUUUGGUUUACCUUCCGCACUGGAUUCUCUGGUCAGAGGUUCUAUGAUGAUUGGUUCCAGUCUCUCUACAAUGUGAUCUUCACAGCGCUUCCUGUUAUUAUUCUUGGGCUUUUUGAGAAGGAUGUCAGUGCAUCUCUCUCCAAGAAAUAUCCCGAGUUAUACAGGGAAGGAAUUAGAAAUACAUUCUUCAAGUGGAGAGUUGUGGCUACCUGGGCUUUUUUUGCAGUUUAUCAAUCAUUAGUCUUGUAUAAUUUCGUAAUUUCUUCGAGUACAAAGGGCAUGAAUUCAUCUGGCAGGAUGUUUGGCCUAUGGGAUGUCAGUACAAUGGCCUACACUUGUGUUGUUGUAACUGUCAAUUUGCGUCUCCUUAUGAUGUGCAACACAAUUACAAGAUGGCAUCACAUUAGUGUUGGAGGGAGUAUAUUAUUAUGGUUCAUUUUCGUCUUUAUCUACUCGGGUAUCCACUUGCAUAAAGAGCAGGAGGGUAUCUAUUUAGUCAUCUUUGUCCUGAUGGGCACAUUUUAUUUCUACCUCACGCUGCUGCUUGUACCAGUUGCUGCACUUUUUGUCGACUUCCUAUAUCAGGGGGCUCAAAGAUGGUUUUUCCCAUAUGAUUAUCAGAUUGUUCAGGAAAUUCACAAGCACGAGAUUGACAAUAGCAGGGUUGGGUUAUUGGAGAUUCGUAACGAGCUUUCUCCAGAUGAAGCAAGGAGAUAUGCCAUAAUGCAACUACCUGGACAGAAAUCGAAGCAUACUGGUUUCGCCUUUGAUUCACCCGGUUACGAGUCCUUUUUUGCGUCUCAGGCUGGUGUCUUGGCACCUCAAAAGGCGUGGGAUGUGGCUCGGAGAGCAAGCAUGAAAACACGGCCAAAGGCACCUAGAAAGGGCUGAGGUUCCAGAAAUUUUGUACAAAAUUUUCUUCUUUAACCCUGCCGUUCACUUUCCCCUAGACAACAUUAGCGGAUACGUAGAAUUAGCUGUGUAUUUAUUCUUUCGCACACAUUCGUCGAUUCGUUGUGAAUUCUAAAGUUAUAGUCGCUAGUAGGGUUUAGGAGAUUGUAGCAAAAUCAUCUGAGAAGUAAACGAUAGAAAAUGUACAUUAUUUGAUGUAACCUUCCUGAGCGCAACUCCAGCUUGUAUCUGUGUAUCGAUAGUUGUGAUAAUUUAUUUAUUUUUGCAAUAUUAUUCAUAGAUUAGUUAUGAACGUGAUAGAGGGGAAUGUAUGUUGAUGAUA